AUGGCCUUACAGAACAUUGGUGCUGGCAACAGUGAUGAUGCCUUCUACAGGUAUAAGAUGCCUAGAAUGAUCACGAAAAUUGAGGGCAGGGGUAAUGGCAUCAAGACAAACAUUGUCAAUAUGGUUGAUAUUGCUAAAGCUUUAGCAAGGCCAGCUGCUUACACAACUAAGUAUUUUGGUUGUGAACUUGGUGCACAAUCAAAAUUCGAUGAGAAAACUGGGACUUCUCAUGUAAAUGGGGCACAUGAUACCCCAAAACUUGCUGGUCUGCUUGAGAACUUCAUUAAGAAAUAUGUUCAAUGUUAUGGUUGUGGAAAUCCUGAAACUGAGAUCUUAAUUACUAGGAAUCAGAUGAUCCAGCUGAAAUGUGCUGCUUGUGGUUUUGUGUCUGACGUGGAUAUGAGAGACAAGCUGACUACAUUCAUCGUUAAGAACCCACCUGAAACAAAGAAAGGUACCAAAGACAAGAAGGCCAUGAGGAGAGCUGAAAAGGAGAGACUGAAGGAAGGUGAAGCAGCUGAUGAGGAGCUGAAAAAGCUGAAGAAAGAGGUUGUCAAGAAGAAAGUGGCUCCUAAGGAAGGUGCUACAAAAUCAAGCUCCUCAAGGAAAAAAGGAAAUGGCUCUGAUGAAGAUCAUUCAUCUCCUACUCGAAGCCCAACUGAUGAGAAGGAUGAGGCUGAAGAUGAAGAUGAUGUGCAGUGGCAAACAGACACAUCACUGGAGGCUGCUCGGCUACGAAGCCAAGAACAGCUAAGUGCUGUGACAGCUGAUAUGGUCAUGCUCUCAACCAAUGAAGCGGAGGAGAAAGCGGCCACUAAGGUAAGUGGCAAUCAAGAUAAUGGCAACUCCAUGAAAUACAAGACUCUUGUUGCAGAAAUCAAAGCUGAUUUGAAGAAAGGUGUCAAGGCUAAAGAAUUGGUGGCCCACUGGGCAACGCAUCCUGUUUCUCCCCAAGAGAAGAUGAGUGCUCUGUAUGAAGCUCUAUUUGGGGACCUUGAGAAAGGGUUUGCAAAAGAAGCAAUUAAGAAGAAGAGCUACCUUGCUGCUGCUGUUGCUGAGGAAGAGGGUAUGCCAUUGCUGCUGCUGCGUGCUAUAGAGGAAUUUUCCUGCAAGUCCUCCAAUGCACUUAAGGAGGUUGCUGUGGUUAUUAAGCAUCUUUACGAUGCUGAUGCUUUGGAGGAAGAGCACAUACUGCAGUGGUAUCAAGAAGGGCUGAAAGGAGACAGUAAGAACUCUCAGAUUUGGAAGAAUGUUCAGCCUUUCAUUGACUGGCUUCAGAGUGCAGAAUCAGAGUCGGAGGAAGAAUAG